UUUACGUGAUGACGUCGGAUGUAUAUGAGCGCAGGCGGCGGGAUCUCGCUCCCUUUUACCGCCAUCGGAGCGGAGUCUCUUUCUUCCUCGGGACCGCUUCACAGCGCAGCGCCGCUAACCAGACCAGCCGCCGGCUAGAGAGCGAAGCAUUGCUUGAGACUCAGCUAAGAUGGCAGACAUUGACAACAAAGACCAGGCUGAGAUGGACCCAGCAGAUAUGGAAGAUGUUGAGGAGGUGGAGGAAGAGGAGACGGGAGAGGAUGAAAACAGCAAAGCUCGCCAGCUGACGGUGCAGAUGAUGCAGAAUCCACAGAUCCUGGCUGCACUGCAAGAGAGGCUGGAUGGUUUGAAUGGCUCACCAUCAGGGUACAUGGAGAGUUUACCAAAGGUUGUAAAGAGACGUGUAAAUGCGCUCAAGAACCUGCAAGUUAAAUGUGCCCACAUUGAAGCAAAGUUCUACGAGGAAGUACAUGAACUGGAGAGAAAAUAUGCUGCCCUCUACCAGCCCCUCUUCGACAAAAGAAGCGACAUAGUGAAAGCAGCUUAUGAGCCCACAGAUGAAGAAUGUGAAUGGAAGGCAGAUGAAGAAGAGGAGCUGACUGAUGAGAUGAAGGAGAAGGCCAAGUUGGAGGAAGAAAAGAAGGAUGAGGAGAAAGAGGACCCCAAAGGCAUUCCUGAGUUCUGGUUAACGGUUUUCAAAAAUGUGGACCUCCUCAGUGAUAUGCUGCAGGAACAUGAUGAACCCAUCCUUAAGCAUUUACAAGACAUUAAAGUUAAAUUCUCAGAUCCAGGACAGCCAAUGAGCUUCACAUUAGAAUUCCACUUCGAGCCCAAUGACUUCUUUACAAACACAGUGUUGACAAAAACCUACAAGAUGAGGUCAGAGCCUGACGAGAAUGACCCCUUCUCCUUCGAUGGACCAGAGAUUAUGAGCUGCACAGGCUGCACGAUCGACUGGACAAAGGGCAAGAACGUCACAUUGAAAACAAUCAAAAAGAAACAAAAGCACAAGGGCCGUGGAACGGUCAGGACGGUCACCAAAACGGUCCCCAACGACUCCUUCUUCAACUUCUUCACCCCACCAGAGGUUCCAGAAAAUGGCGAGUUGGAUGAGGAUUCAGAAGCCAUUCUGGCUGCUGACUUUGAAAUCGGCCACUUCAUCCGUGAACGUAUCGUACCUCGAGCCGUGCUCUACUUCACAGGAGAGGCCAUAGAGGAUGAUGACGACGAUUAUGAUGAAGAAGGAGAGGAGGCAGAUGAUGAGGAAGGUGAAGAGGAGGCUGAUGAGGAGAACGACCCUGACUAUGAUCCCAAGGUUUAAGUGGUGACUGUAGAAAAAUAACCCUAUCCUGAAGGAUGCAGCCCCUCCAGCUGAGUGCAAGCAGCAAUGAAGCCUGACCCGGCUGCCUCAAGGAUCAACUGCACUGUAAUGGCUUCUCAAAAGAAGAAAUAUAUAUAAACAAAAAAUAAAAAAAAUAGUUACUUACCGCCUUAUAAUGUUUUGUAUUUUUCUUGGUAGAGAAUUUGGAGAAAAAAAGGUUUCAAGAUUUUUGUUACAAAAACUCAUGGUAAUAUACUGGGAGCGGUGUGGCUCGAUUAUACAUAGUAUUUUACUAGACCUGUUUUCCCCCCCCUCUUCCUUCUCUGUACAAUAGAUAGACUACAGGAAGAUGACCUCCCUCAUAAAGCAUGAACUUGUUUCUUCACUGCUAAACUAGUUUGGGUUCUUGUGAAGUCUUUUGUUGUAUUUGCUCUUAGACAACAGCUGUGGUUUAAACUGCAUAUAGCCCUCCCUCCUACCAAAAUUCCAGGUUGGUCAGUUCUGGUUGUCCCAGGUGAUAGUUUUGCUUUAUAUUUUUAAAAACUCUUAGUGGGGACUAAAGCACUUAAAAGAAAAAGGAGAAAAAAAAAAAAAAGCACUGUAGCAUUUCCACAGACAGGACAGAUGUGACCUGCACCUGGGUGUCCAUUCCAGUUUAAUCUUCAGUAUGGGAUCCACAGUUUAAUUUUUUUGCUGCUGCUUCUUUGGGAAUUCCUGUGCCACCUGUGCUCAACUGCUUUCCACUCAAACAUUCCAGUAAACAGACUGGCUGGCCCCAUCAGUGAACCUCUCUGAGAGAGGCUGCCAUUCUUCCACUGGACAGACUGUUAAAAAUUGAAGUUUGUGGCGACGCCGUUGCUCCUAUGGCUGUGCGCAGCCUGGUCAACUCUCUCCAACAUUCCAGAGAUUUCUUUAAAUAAUGAAGGGGGUGAGACAGUUUAACAGUAUGGCCUAGUUUGGGGACACGUGGCCCCAAUAACCUCAUGCUUCAGGCUCCUCGUAGGCUCGCAGUGGUGUGGCUGUCGUCUUUUCUAUAGCACUUUGUUAUUAGUGUGCAGUGUGCCGGUGGUGUCCUGUCAUUGGUUAGCUGUCCAGACAUUCAGUGUGAGCAACACUGCCCCCCCUCCCCUUCCCCAAUCUGAAAGGGAGGGGAGGGGGAUGCUGCGGUAACCCCUGCUCUGUAGAGUUCAAGUUGUGCUAUCUGGUUUUAAGUGCAUUACCUUUCUUGGUGGGGGAGGCACAGUUGUCCCAUUCAGAGAGGCUUUAUAGGAACAGUGUUGGGCAGAUGUAGCACAGUGGAUGAUGAGGAUAAGUGUCAAUCAGGUUCGCUUGGCCCCCCCCUGCCUUUAGUUUGACAUUUACUGCUCAUGUCGCCAAUUCAUGCAUCACUUGGACCUGAGCCCAAUCCCUGAGAUCAUGGUCCAUUUUUUUAAAUCACUGUGAAUGGGGGAAGUGUGAUAAGGACAUUAUGUUGGCUCAUGACCCACCACCCUCCCCACCCAGCCCCUGCUUCCUUUCUUUACCCAGAAGGCCACAGAAAAGCUUGUCAGAGCAAUACUUAAAGCAAGGAGAGGUACCACAAUGGAACCAUAGCCUGGCUUCCUCCCAGUCAUCGCUUCACUCCCCCGCCCGCCUGCCCACCCGCCCUGUGGCUGUGAAAACAGCCAAGUGUUGGUUGUGUUGGGGCAGCAUCAUCUCCACUGUGGAGAUCCAGGGUACUUCUCAUUCUGCAGGCAGUAUUUGGGUCAUGUUCAUCGGAAAUGGAUAUGACAGGGUUUCUGUGGGGGUCCUCCUGAGCAGCUGUUGUCAAGGCAAAAUGCUAUGCUACAAAAUACUAAUGUACUCAGUAACUGUAUGUGUAUGUUCAUGAAUAAAUUGGUUAAACAA